AAGUGUUCAGAAGCUAAAGAUGGGAGUGAUGCUAAAAAGGGAUCUUCCAAGAAAAAGAGGAGGAUUUGGGUAAAAGAGAGCAAAAUGCUUCUUCCCACAUCAGCAAAUUAAAAAACAACAAGAAUGGUUCUUUCAGGACUUAGAGAUGAUGAAGAUGGUAUAGCCAGAUUAAUUAAAAGUGAUAAGUUGAUAUGUAAGCUGGCUGAGAAACUAACUAACAAGCUUGGGCAUGAAAAAGAUGAAUUCAACCAUAUCAGAGGAAAGCUUAGGGAAGUUGGAAGAACAGUAAUGGCAUUUAAAAAGGUAACCGGAGAAGAAAAUGCAUGUUUAGCUGACAAGAUCGAUCCCAGUCAGUUUAUGAAGGUUGCUGAAGCAACUCGCCUGGCAUCUGGGUAUAGUGAAUCAACUCACCUGUAUGAGACACCAAGCCUCGCUCUGAAAAUAGGGCAUAGUCUCAGAAAAGUAGCUGAGAUACUUAAAAGUGAAGCAUUGAUGAAUGGUGAUGCAGCAUUGAAACAGAAAAGUGGAGACUUCAUUUCUUUGUACCAGAUGAAGUGGGAAGAACUUGUAUCUACGCAUGCAUUGCGGACACUCCAAGAAAAGAGAAGAAACAAACCAAAGUAUCUCCCCAUAACUGCAGAUGUAAGCAAACUUACAAAGCAUUUGAAAGAAAAGGUUUCAGGUGGUAAAGACAAGCUGACGAAGGAGCCUGACAAUCAGCAAGCGUGGAGAGAUCUUGCUGAGGUGACACUAGCAUCACUGAUAGUCUUCAACAGAAAGAGAGCUGGUGAAGUUUCAAAGAUAAAAUCAGCUGAUUUACAAAAGUUAAAGAAAGGCAGUCAUGGGAUGAACUUUGGAUUAUCAAAGUUAGAACAACACUUAUGCAAGAUCUUGUGGAGGAUAGAAAUAGUAGGAAAGAGAGGAAGGACAGUACCGGUUUUGACGACCGAUGACAUGAAAGACGCAGUUGACCUUCUUAACAAAACCAAGGAAAACACUGGAAUAUGGGCAGACAAUUUAUAUUUGUUUGCCCUGGCCAACAGUGAAGGUCACUUGAGAGGAGUCGAUGUCUUGAGAAAACAUGCCACUUUGUGUGGAGCUGAUAACCCGGAGCAUCUCAUUUCAACCCAACUGAGAAAGCAUAUAGCUACCGUAAGCCAAGUAAUGAACCUCAAAGAGAAUGAAAUGGAUAUCUUGGCCAACUUCCUUGGCCACGAUAUAAGAGUACACAGGGAGUAUUACAGAUUACCAGAAGAGACAAUCCAAAUUGCGAAAGUCUCAAAGAUUCUGCUGAGCAUUGAGAAUGGCAACCUCCAGAACUUAACAGGGCGGAAUCUAGAUGACAUUGAGCUGCUGGAUGAUGAAGGUAAUUGUAGUUCAAAAAUUGUUAUUACUGUACUGACUGUACUGUCAUGGAAUUACUGUUAAGUCUCACCUUUUUAAACAUGAAAUCUGUUUCAAAAUUUGCAAGGGAGAAUUAGGGUUAAGGGAAUCGUUAUACUCAUGCACUGAUGAAAAUUUUAAUUGUUUAACAUUUUAAAAGAGGAAAACAGUGUGAGAAUUCUAAUCUAUAAGCAAACUGCUAUAGUUGAAACGAAAUGGACCAGUUAACCAGAGGGGAUAUGAUGAUUAUUUUCAAACACUGAAAUGGUAAAACCUUUAAAUUAUGGUUUGGAAUUACAACUUUAGAAAUCAUUUUGAUUAAUAUUUUAUUUGUGAUGAGAAACUUGGAAACAUAUUUUGACCUUGGUUUUGAACAGGGUUAUUUUCCAUGUGAUUUAAUUCUUGCAUGUAUACUUUUGGAAUGCAUUGUAUGAUCUGCUAUUAAAGUGGAACAUUAGAAAUAUUCUCAGUUUGUUUUUGUUCUGUCUCACACUGCACUGAAAAGGAGGUAAAUUUAGCACUUAACGAUCCAAUUUUAGCACUUUUUAGGAGCUCGGAUAGUGACUGCACUCGACGUGCUGUUAUAGCAUUUGCACAAGUGCUAUACUGCUAGCACCCAAAAGAGAGCUGAAGUUUAGCACUUAAAGUGCACAGCAGUCAGCUCCUUUUGGGUGCUAGCAAAGUAGCCCUGGCGCAAGUGCUGAAUGAGCACUUCGAGUGCAGUCACUGUGCGAGCUGCUAAAAAGUGAUAAAAUUGAAUCUUUAAGUGCUAAAUUUAGCACUUUUUUUUAGUGUAGCAGCAGACGAUAUGCACCGACGAUAAA